GAGGGGCGGGGGCGGAGGAGGAGCGAGCCGGGCCGGGGGGCGGCUGCACAGUGUCCGGGAUCCCCAGGCCUGGAGGGGGGUCUGCGCGCGGCCGGCUGGCUCUGCCCCCCGUCCGGUCCGGAGCGGGCCUCCCUCGGGCCAGCCCGAUGUGACCGGGCCCAGCGGAGCCUGAGCAAGGAGCGGGUCCGUCGCGGAGCCGGAGGGCGGGAGGAACAUGACAUCGCGGAGAUGGUUUCACCCCAAUAUCACUGGCGUGGAGGCAGAGAACCUGCUGCUGACAAGGGGAGUUGAUGGCAGCUUUUUGGCAAGGCCCAGCAAAAGUAACCCUGGAGACUUCACGCUCUCUGUUAGAAGAAAUGGAGCUGUCACCCACAUCAAGAUUCAGAACACUGGGGACUACUAUGACCUGUAUGGGGGAGAAAAGUUUGCCACAUUGGCUGAGUUGGUCCAGUAUUACAUGGAGCACCACGGGCAACUAAAAGAGAAGAACGGAGAUGUUAUUGAGCUCAAGUAUCCACUGAACUGUGCAGACCCUACCUCUGAAAGGUGGUUCCAUGGUCACCUGUCUGGAAAAGAAGCAGAGAAAUUACUAACCGAGAAGGGAAAACAUGGUAGCUUUCUUGUACGAGAGAGCCAGAGCCACCCUGGAGAUUUUGUUCUCUCUGUCCGCACUGGUGAUGACAAAGGGGAGAGCAGCGAUGGCAAGUCUAAAGUGACUCAUGUCAUGAUUCGCUGUCAGGAACUGAAAUACGACGUUGGUGGAGGAGAGAGGUUUGAUUCCUUGACGGACCUGGUGGAGCAUUACAAGAAGAAUCCUAUGGUGGAAACAUUGGGCACAGUGCUACAACUCAAGCAGCCCCUCAACACAACCCGGAUCAAUGCUGCUGAGAUAGAGAGCCGGGUUCGAGAGCUGAGCAAAUUGGCUGAGACCACAGAUAAAGUCAAGCAAGGCUUUUGGGAGGAAUUCGAGACACUACAACAACAGGAAUGCAAACUUCUCUACAGCCGAAAAGAGGGUCAGAGGCAAGAAAAUAAAAACAAAAACAGAUAUAAAAACAUCCUGCCCUUUGAUCACACGAGGGUUGUCCUACAUGAUGGGGACCCCAACGAGCCUGUUUCCGACUACAUCAACGCAAACAUCAUCAUGCCUGAAUUUGAAACCAAGUGCAACAAUUCAAAGCCCAAAAAGAGUUACAUCGCCACACAAGGCUGCCUGCAAAACACAGUCAACGACUUCUGGAGGAUGGUGUUCCAAGAGAACUCCCGGGUCAUUGUCAUGACGACGAAGGAAGUGGAGAGAGGAAAGAGCAAAUGUGUCAAGUACUGGCCGGAUGAGUGUGCGCUCAAGGAGUAUGGCGUCAUGCGUGUGAGGAACGUCAAAGAGAGUGCCGCUCAUGACUACACAUUAAGAGAGCUCAAGCUUUCAAAGGUCGGACAAGGGAAUACGGAGAGAACGGUCUGGCAAUACCACUUUCGGACCUGGCCGGACCAUGGCGUGCCCAGUGACCCUGGGGGUGUGCUGGACUUCCUGGAGGAGGUCCACCACAAGCAGGAGAGCAUCAUGGACGCAGGCCCCGUUGUGGUUCACUGCAGUGCUGGAAUUGGCCGGACAGGGACGUUCAUUGUGAUUGAUAUUCUUAUUGACAUCAUCAGAGAGAAAGGUGUCGACUGUGAUAUCGACGUUCCCAAAACUAUUCAGAUGGUGCGGUCCCAGCGGUCAGGAAUGGUCCAGACAGAAGCACAGUACCGGUUCAUCUACAUGGCUGUCCAGCACUAUAUUGAAACACUACAGCGCAGGAUUGAAGAAGAACAGAAAAGCAAGAGGAAAGGGCAUGAAUACACCAAUAUUAAGUAUUCCUUAGCGGAUCAGACAAGUGGCGAUCAGAGUCCCCUGCUGCCCUGCACCCCCACCCCACCCUGUGCAGACGUGAGAGAAGACAGUGCUAGAGUCUAUGAGAACGUGGGCCUGGUGCAGCAGCAGAAGAGCUUCCGGUGAGAGGACGCCGAAGCCUCAGCGCCGAAGCAGAUGCCAACUUUCACCCUCUUCCUGCAAAGCUCAAGGACGAACGCAAGAAAGUUUCCAUGAGAAGGAACUGGAAGGCUUGCAGUGUGAUGACUACCUUUCAAAAAGCAAAUUGUGAAAUGUGUAAAGACCACCAGUUCUAACUCUGCACUUCACUUCCUCAGAUAAGAAGACAUUGUCUCUACAAUGUAGACAGUGUGUUUUAUAGAAUUCUGUUUCAAAUGUAGGAAGCAAUGAAACUCUGCUCCAUAUUUUACGGAUUAUGAGAUUCAAAUUCUAAUUCUGGGCAAUUUUGUUUUCUUUUUAUAACCUUAACUGAUUUUGUCUUUUUUUCUCUGUGAGGGAUCAUGGGGCACUUGUAAGAAGGAAUGAUUUGGGAAGUAAGAACAAUUUAACGUUGCUUGUUGUCUUACUCUGUUUUGUGUGCCUAGCAGAGUACUGAAGACUGGAUCAUUUCUAAUGAACAGAGAUUAUUUAUUUUUUUUAGUUCCAGGGGCUGGGAAGUCCAUGAUUGAGGGGCCACAUCUGGUGAGAGCCUUCUUGGUGUGUGGUAACUUGGUGGAAGGCACCCGUGGUGAGAGAGAGAAAGGGGGCUGAUCUUGCUUUUACAGCAAACUCACUCCCAUAGUGACACUCAUCCAUUCAUGAGGGCAGAGCCCUCAAGACUGCCCACCCCUUAAAGGUCCCACCACUCAAUACCACCAUGGCAUCUAACAUGGCACCAACCAAAGCACCUAUCCAGUAGUGGGUAAUUUACUUUGGUGGCUUCUUUGUUUUGUUUUGUUUUCUGCGUAGGUGAUCAUGAAGCCAGUGUCUAAGGCGGUCAGAAAUUGAUUAUCUUUGCAUUGACCUUAAAAAGUCAUGGGGAAAAAAACCUCACAAACAUUUAUGAAUUAGGAUGAGAGAAGUAUUUUGCUCUUAACAGAUGACCAGUUACCAUUCAGCUUUUGACAGAGAAAGUUGUGAUGGGAGAAACGGUUGCCAUGUCUUCUUUGCAUCUGGGUAAUCGUGUUAUCUUCGUGAAAAGGCAUCUGUGAAUGAGCAGUGUUUUGGUGAUCAAGUGUUGGUGAUCUCCCCUCCCCCCUUCAGUCUGAGCUGGGCUCAGUUGAGCUGUUUGCUGGUCCUACACACAGUUGCUCACAUGGCUGGAGAGGGGGCUGAGACUCUGGGACAGCUGGGCUUCUCUCUCUUUCUGUAGAGUCCUCAGGAUCUCUCCGUAUGAUCUGUGCGUGGUCUCACGAUCAGGGUGUCUGGGCCCCUCACAUGGUGGUGCAGAGCUCCCAGGAGCUCAAAAGCAGAAGUGGCCAGGCCUUCUUCAGACUCAGGUCCAGCAUUGUGGGGCUCCCUUCUGUGCUCCGUGGUUGAUGAGAAACAUCAGGCUUCUUCCACCUUCCAAUUCAAGAAGAAGGGUGCAGUGCAGGUGCUACUCAAUUGGGGCCCAUGGAACCAGCUCUAGUUAGCUAGGGUAGAGGCUGCUGUGACUUUGGGAAGCUGAGGCUGCUUUCAGUGGCUGGUAUAGCCCCAAGUCAGAUGAGAAAUACAGAGGGCCUUCAAGAAGCUUCCCAGCCAGUUCUGCCAGAACCAAGCAUACUUGCUGAACCGACACUUGGGAAACUGGUAUGUUGAGGAUGGAUGUAUUUGGGGGCCAGAGCAUUUGAAGGCAGAGCCACCCCAUCCUUUGGGCACCCACACACGCUGGUGAAGGUGGUGUGUGUUGUUGGCAUGGCUGGUGUGCGAUUAGGCCCCAGUGAGGAGAGGCAGUCCUGACCAGGCCUCCAGUCACAUCCUGUCAACCUGUUUUGUUUGAACCAAGCAGUGGGAUUUGCUACUGUCCUGUCUUAAGUGCCUUUUCCAGAGAUCUCCCUCUUCGCCUCAGUUCACAUCAUUCUGGGAGAGGAGUUCAUGGGCUGGCUUUUGUACUGAUCAUGAAAUGCCACAGCAAAGUCACCAGAAAGUCCUGUUUUCCUCACUCAGAUUCAUCUUGCUUUGGCUCCUCAAAGGAAGAACUCACCCCCUCUCCCACCCCCAUGGUAGUUCUUUCCUGGGGCCUUCUGCUCUCUGGAAACCUUGAGGUACUUUGGGUGAGCGCAGCGGCCUCCAUUUUCACAGAGAAAAUGCACAUUGAUCCCAUAUCCAGUGAACCUAGAGUUGCUUCAGAGCACUGCGUGGCCUGACGGUGUUGCCUGGUUAGGGGACUGGAAUGACGAUUGUCUUCUUGUCAGGCCUGGUAUGGAAGAGAUUCCAGGUCAGUACUUGCAAACAGGAUCAUGAGUCCUGUUCUUUUUGCUGUGUUGUCACCUGGAAUCUUUUCCUCUCUGUGGUCAUGUUUGACUCUGCACUUUGGGGACCAAGCCUUUCACCAGCACACAAAGGUUCAAUGCUGCAUUAACUCUGCCCGUAGCUUAAGAUCUUGAAAUGGAAAUACCUGAUCUUGGCCAUCUUUGAUUGCUGUAACUCAUUGAUAUCAUGGAGAUUCCUCUCCACAGUCAGCAGACUGUCGUGUUGUUACAUGAGCCGAUGCCACGAGCAGACCCGGAAUGUCUCUAGGUUGCUAAUCUGUGAGUGUUGGGUAAAAGGUGAUUGCAGGUGCUCAGGUGAGGUUAUUCUACAUGUGGUGGACGCAGGCGGUGGGGCUGGGAAGAUGGGGUACUCCAGGUGUGGGUUUAAAAGAGUUUGAAGAGGUGGUUUGUGGGAAAGUCAAGGGGUCCAGGGCCAGAGCAGUCAGGUUACCUGGAGAACAGAUGGCAGGUACACAUGUGCAGCCUGCUUCUGGGUUGUUGGUGGACAUUAAACAUACACACUAUCCCAUAGCUGGCUAAGUGUUUUAAAAUGAGAAGCAUAGGAUUUUAUAUUUGGGGUAAAGUAAUUAUCUGGUACAUGGUAUUGAGGUUUUUUAAAAAGUCAAAGACUUUUGAGUUAAGACUCAAAUUUCAGAGGCUUAAUAGCUUUUUUAAAGAAAAAAAAUUCAGAGGCCCCUCCUGUCCAGUGUGUGGCCCUCCUGAAGCUCAAUGUCAUUGCUCCUGUUGAAGUCAGUGACUUUUCAAACACAGCUAAACGGAGUAAGAAGACACACGCGGGAUCUCUUGGUAUCUGUGCAUUCCACAGAGCCCAGUUGGAACAGCCAAGAAAAUGGUCCAGAUUUUUUUAGGGGUUAUUUUACUGGGGACUUCAAGAACUGGUAUGACAUCUUGGGUUGUUUUGGGGAUGAGGAAAGUUGUGGCGUGAUUUGUUGUAGACAGUGGUAUGUAGAGAGGUCAGGUGCUAGAUGUACACAAGCCCGGGGCAGGUUUGUCUUCUGUUCGUUGUGGGGAAUGCAGUUUUACACAGAAAGCACAUGACCACCCUGAUUUUAAGAUGCCUUUCUUAGGAUAUGUGUUAGCCCUUAAUUCUGUUGAAGUCUUUUUCCUUCUUCCUCUUGAAAAAUAAGUUCCAAAAUAUAGUUUCUUGUAUCUUCCAUCACUAAAGUUUGUUUCUUUCUCACUAUGGGCAGUUCACACAAGGCAAAAAUAUUAAACAGUUGGUUUUAGUGUGUUGUAUAACUUUACUGUGUAUCAAACUAAUUUUUACAGGUUUUCAUCCUAAACCUCAAAUCAUGUAAUUAAUAAUUUGCCUGUUUAUUUAUGACCUAACUGUGGUUCUUUUAUUAAUAAAAGCUAAUAGAAAAAGGCUCCUUUAUUAAGCCGAUGAGUAGACCCACAUUUUAAUUCUCCCACAGUGUGUGAAGAAGUAUUGUACCAGAGUAUUAAAAGAUAUGUAAUAUUUUAUUGAUAAAUCUGUCCUUUAAAAGGAAUACGUUUUAGGAUGUCAUCAUCUUGAUGUGAUCUUGUAAAUGUGAGAAUAUGCUGUUUAUUACACUUAGUGUGUCAAGAGUCACUUACUUGCCUUUUUGCCCACGUACACUAUUAGUCUAUUUGCAAUGGUUUUUAAAAUGACAUUAAAAGAACAGUCUAUGUAGAGAAGUAUUGGUGGAUGUCACUUGUCUCCCCACCUGCGUUUAUGGUGUUAGUUCAACUGCUUUGUUAGUUGCAAAGCUGUACUAUCAGAGUAAAAGUGUAUUUGUAAACUGUAUGGAACUAAAAAUUAGGAAUAAAACCAUUUUCUUAUAUUAUGGUAUUUGUCAUUUGCCUCACCAAGGAAAAGGGGGAUGAUAGGUUACUCAGCCUGUCACACUGGCAAAGUGCUGGCCUCAAGCAGCUCUCAGCUCAGAGGUGCCCGGAAUGCAGAAGGAGCAGAUCAGUGUCUCAGGACCUCAGUGAGUGGUCACCACAUGGAUCGCUGUAGAGGCAGAGCAGGAAUUCUGGUUGGAGGAACUCAUGAAUAAGGAAAGACUCAAAAGUGUGUCAGUGUCAGCCAUGUGGGACGUGGAUGGCAAACACACGGUGUUGGGGAUAUGAGUCAAGAGACAGUGAGGAAGGCUUGCAAGACAUCAUUGCUUCCCUUCAGUGCAGGUUUUAGGCCACAUUUAAAUAAGGCAACUGUCUUUUUUGUGUGUUGGUGCUGGGGAUGGAAGCCAGGGUCUCAGCCAUGUAGGCAUAUGUUCUACCACUGAGCUACACUC